UAGCUGCUCUUCCUUUGACCAUAUAUGGAGACCACCGGUAUAGCAUGAGUGAAGAAAACAUCUCUGGGGAAACAUGAGAGCGUUUGUCCGUCAUCCAAUAAUAGAAAUGUAGGUUUACUGCGACCGUUGACUUAUUCAUAUUAUAAAGAGAGAAACACACACAAAUAACACAAACAAGUCUGCUACGUCGAUAAAAUUGUGCGAAGGAAGGAACUGAAAGACGCGCGCAAAAACAACGCACAUUGCAACUGUGCAUGAGAAAGCUACAGAGACCCUCCCAUCCCCUAACCGCACGGAGCCUUUAGCUGCUGAGGUUCACUGGCUUUUUGCAAGAGAGAAACUCUGUUGAGCAACGCCGUCAGUUCCUGGCAAGCCUCAGGAACCUGUGGUGAGUGAACGAGCAUGACGACGCUGCUGGACCUGAAAAGCAGUGUGCUGAGGCAGGUGCAGAGGAGCCAGUCUCUGAGGGGGAGGAGGGAGCCGGCAGCCUCCGCAGCCAGCAGGAGCCCUCUCACACACUGCCCUGACCCGCUACCUCACGGGCUGUCUGAAGGGAAUGGAGAGUUCUUUGACCGUAUGAAUGGCAUCCUCCAGAAACAAGAGAAACUGCUGCUGGCUGCACAGGCAGAGUGCAAAAGAGAGAGUGGCACAGCCCCACCACCACCAGAACACGUAGACCAGCUGUUUGUCCCAGAGAGGUGCAGCAGAAGAGAGUUGGACCUUAUCUAUGAAGAGGCUGUGUACACAGUGGUCAACAGGGUGGGCGUGCCCUCGCCAGACUAUGUCACCAGUGAAGAAGACAUCUUCAGUUACCUACUGAAGGUAUUUGAUAUGGGGCAGGAAGAACAUGACAUCAUUCUGCAGAGAGUACAAGAAUCUAAGAGAGCCAGUUUCACCCUGAGAGUAUCUGUCAUGAAAGGGAAAAAUCUAAUGGCAAAGGAUGCGAAUGGAUACAGUGACCCAUAUUGCAUGCUGGGAAUCCUCCUGGGUCAGAGCCCCCGAGAGACCGAGGAGAAGAAAGAGAGGAAGUUCAGCUUCAGGAAGAAGAAGGAGAAGCUGGAGAAGAGGUCCAGUACCAAAGAGGUUCUAGCAGCCACAUGCAUUCAAGUGACCGAAGUCAAGCCUGAGACCCUCAACCCAGUCUGGAACGAGCACUUUACUUUUGAAAUUGACGAUGUCCAGAGUGACCUACUGCACUUGGACAUAUGGGACCAUGACGAUGACGUCUCUGUUGCUGAGGCCUGCAAAAAACUGAAUGAAGUCAGUGGACUCAGAGGCAUGGGCAGGUAUUUUAAGCAGAUUGCCAAAUCAGUACGGUCCAAUGGGACUUCAUCAGGAUCUUCUGAGGACAAUGUAGACGACUUCCUGGGCUGCAUUAACAUUCCAUUGAACGAGAUUCCUGUGAUGGGAUAUGACAAGUGGUUUAAGCUUGAGCCCCGGUCCAGUGCCUCCAAGGUCCAGGGGGAAUGUCAUCUGAUUCUGAGGCUAUUCACUACCAAGAGAGACACAACCCUUAGUAAAAGGGAUUCAAAAGAAGUUAUACACAAGAAGAUGCUGAGUCAAAUUCUGGAGUACGAGCAUGCUCAGAUUCAGAAAGAACUUUAUAACUGGAAUGGGCAGGUGAGCCCUCCAGCAUGGACUGUGCUGUCCCAUCAUGCUGUGCAAAUUGACCUAUCACCCCUGCAGCAAGCCAUCAUCCGCUGGCAGUGCUACAGCAGUCACCACCGGUCUCAGAGAAUGUGCUACACCCUUCUGCUGCGGCUGCUGAGGACCAUUGAUGCAGAGUGGGAUCCCCAAGCUGUGCGGGGAGACUUGGAGUGGCAGCUGUCAGACAGCUUUAGGCUAUACACAGAGCACUGUCUGUGCCUGAUGAAGAGCAUGCGGCAGGUGUUCCCAUGCACCAAUCGAACUGCAGUUACACGCUGCGAGCUCAUGCUAAGGGGUGUGGGCCACAUGCAGACCAUGCCGGCCUUCAAGACUGUGUGUCCCCUUAGAAAUGAACUACAUUUGGAAAUUGCCACGGUUGUCAAGAAAGGUACAGCAGAGUGGUAUGAAAGCACAAUUUCACAGUUUAAACCAGAUGAAGGGACUCUCGAAGAGCAGCUAAGGAGACUGGUCCAGGUGGUGGAUGCUGUGUGUGCAGAUGUACAGAGAGGACAGAACAUCUACAACAAGCUGUUCUACAGUACAGUGAAAGUUGAUUUCUUCAGCAUCGCAUAUAGACAGUUGGAGAAACUGGUUGCAGAUGAUGUGAGUGUUGCCAUGGAGAGGGUGUGCGGCACUCUGGAGCAGGAGAGCUCCAAACUAACCCAGACGAUGGGAGAAACACUGUUCGAGCUCUACAUGUCUCUGAAAACCCUCAAACGCUUCAGAGAAUUCCUUCCUCUCAAGGAUGCCAAGAUGUUGGCCCUGACUGGAUAUCACAACUGGUUCAAGACAUCUAUUCACAAGUGGCUGCAGAUAGUUCAUGACAAGUCUUGUGACAGGAUUCGCCGAGCAGUAGACAUGGAUCAGCUUGAGCCAGUACAGCAGGCCAAACACGGCUCCUCAGCGAUGGAUGUGACAGCGUGCUUCAGCCAGGUGCGGGAGUUCUGGAACCAGCUGGCCUGGCCAGACUCUGCCGGGGCCUUCAUCUUUGUCACCCGUCUGACAGACAAUUUCUGCAGUGAGGCCGUGUUGUACUCAGAAAUUAUGAAGCGCAAGAUUGAGAGGAUCCUGCCUGGGCGAGACAUCAAGACGCUGACCGUGCAGUUGUGCAUCGCGUUGAACAACACUGAGCAUGUGCGUGUUUUCCUGGGCUGCCUGCCCCGGGACCUGGACUGGCAAGGCGUGGAGCACGCCAUGGAGGAAUCUUGUGGGGCGGAGGGAAAGGAGCAGGUCAACAAGGCUCUGAAUGGACAGCUCUACAAUGUGGAUGUUGACCUGCAGAUGGAGGCAAAGCGCCUCAUCACCUACCUUACAGACAAGAUGCUUUCAGAACUGAGAAGGUAUCUCCAGCACAUCAGCCUGUCCCCUGACUCCAUUAACAACGAUGAAGCGGUGUCCCCCCUGAUGAAGUACUUAAACGACACUUUAGCCAUCCUCAGGGAGUCUCUGGUCAAGGAGAAUCUGGCUAGAGUUCUCCUCGGCAUGUGGGAGCUACUUCUCAGAAUGAUCCUUGACGUGGUGGCAGAGAACAUGGGAGUCCAAGUGGAGUUCUACAAUCGUUUUCAGUAUACUGUGGAGGCUCUGGUGCAGUUUUUCUAUGCUGAGGGAGAAGGACUUGCCAUAGAAGAUAUGAAAAACCAUGCAGAAUACAAGGCUCUUGACAAGGAGCUGAGGCUGAACAAGUGUUCGUCCUUUGAGCUGAUUGAGCAGUAUUUCCUGGAGAAGAUCUCUCAGCAGAGGACACUGAAGCACACCCGCUUUGGCCGUAUCAGUGUGAAGUGUUACUAUGAUGCUUCUGAACAGAGGCUCACUGUGGAGAUCCUGCACGCUGCCGACCUUAUUGCCCUGGAUGCCAACGGCCUGAGUGACCCCUUUGUCAUUGUGGAGCUCUGUCCCCACCACCUCUUCCCAAUGGCUAAGAGCCAGCGCACCCAAGUGAAGCUCAAGACCCUGCACCCAGUAUUUGAUGAGCUCUUCUAUUUCCACGUCAGCCCUGAGCAGUACAGACACAGGUUUGCCUGUCUGACCUUUACUGUGAUGGAUUAUGAUUGGCUGUCCACCAAUGAUUUUGCCGGAGAAGCUGUGGCCCCGCUCAGUGACUUCUGUUGGCCAGGGAGACCCAAUGCCUCAGCCACCGCUGGAAAGACCAUACAACCAACAAUUCUGCACCUGGCCCGAAGCAAACCCAGUGAGAAGCCUAUCAUGAGAAUUCUGGAUGCACGGACAGGGGACGGAGAGGCCCAGGAGUUUGUGAGGAAGCUGAAAGAAAUUGAGAAAUCCAUGGAAGAAGAGUGAGGCUGUCAGUGCUCUGGCAUAUUAUUAUAUUCUGACUGUGUCUUUGCCACAUGUGCUUUUGUACUUGUUGUACUACAGUAUGUUUACAGUUUUCAAAUCCUCUUGUACGUGAAUUGAAGAUGUUAUGCUGGAGAAAAAAAUAAAUGGUAAGGCAUAUGAUUUUUUUGAUAUUGGAAAACAAACGUCCUGUCACUGUGAUGUAUUUUUAUGCCUCUGUUUAAGAGUCCUAUCUGAGAAAUAAGAGGAAAAGUUUACCCUAUAAUUAUUUUUGUUUUAAGAGCUCUAUGAAUGUUAUAUUUGCUAUAUUAUCUUUGUUAUAUUAGAUCACUUUUAUCUUACUCUGAAUUAAAAUCUGAAGUAAUUUAUAUGUUUUUAGUUGAAUCGUGUGGGUGGUUCAAUCACUACCAUUACCAGAGUUUAUGGCAAAGUAGCACAAGGAUGAGAGGAGGGAAAACAAUGCAUGAAAAGCCAUCUGUAGCCAUGUUUUGUAAGUCAAUGUUAGGUUUUCCUCUUCCAUAUUGUCACAUUUGUGAUGCCAUAUGUGCUCCUUGAUGAUUGACAGUUAGAUGUUUAUAUCUUGGAUAAUAAGAAAUGUGUCCCUGUGGAAAGUAGUAUUAUUCCUAAAGUAGUAUUAUUCCUAAAGUAGUAUUAUUUGUUAUUUUGUAAAUGUGAACUACUUGUCCUUGAAUUGAAACUUACUGUGCUGUUGUUUAUUGUACCAU